AUGCGUUGUGAAACCAGUCAAAACCACAAAUCUAUCCAGAGCAAUGGCAUGGAUCGGAGGGAGAUGCAUGAUGACCUGGCCAUAUGCAGUCCAACAGUGCUUGGCUUUUGCCUGGACAAAAAACUUUGGGAUGAGCGUUCAUACCAAUGGGACAGUGUUGAGCUUGGGCUAAGUGCUGGUCUAAGGGAAUUUGCUGUCGAGAACGUUGAGGAGAUCAGAUUCACAGAGUCCCCUUUUGACAUGUUAAUUAUCCCCGGGGAUAAGAAAAGGUCAUCAAAUCUCUCACCGAGAGCCGUGUCAGCGCGACAAAUGAAGCAGGGGCAGGCGGCCCUCCAGGAGUGGGGAAGACGCUUAAAGCCAUCGCGGAACGAAUUAAACGGCCACCCAAUCUCCUCUGGGGAUUUAAGUACACGUGCUGAGGAGCUGGAAGUCCAGCUCACUCGUACCUUUCGCAUUGUUAGUGACUGGAAGGCGGUCCUCUUCCUCAAGGAGGCCGAUGUAUACCUACAACAGCGAGAUAGUCUGCAGCUGGGACGGAACCACCUUGUCGCUACAUUCCUUCGCACGCUUGAAUACUAUAAUGGAAUUUUCUUCCUCAAGACGAAUCUUCUUACCAACUUUGAUGUUUCCAUUCUUGAUCGAACCCACCUAAAGCUCCGGUAUGAUAAUUUGGAUUCCUCCGUCCAUUGGGGUAUUUUCAACCACUUUCUUAGUGAAGCAAAGGCAGAUGUUAAGGAAGAAGAGCUUAGCACAUUUGCUGAAAUCAGUCUAAAUGGUCGUCAGAUCAAGAAUGUUGUGGAGAUUGCCCGCAACGUUGCCAUAAAUGACAGUGCCAAGUUGUGUGCAGAUCACAUUCAAACAGCUCUGACAGCGAGUGGAUAUGCUAUUCCUACUAAGGGUGCAUUGCCAUUUGACAAUAGCCUGUAUGAAUAA